GAAAAUAUGUGUGUCCCCAUCAGACGACAUGCACUACCUUUGGCUGUUUGUCAUUGCUAUAGCUGUGCUCUACAACUGGAUCCUCAUUGUGGCUAGGUAGUUGAGAACACAGACUUUCUCUGUUUGGUCCACAGUCAACACAUAGCCCAACAUCAGAAGGGAUGUUUCAUCAUCACUAAAAUUAAAGUAUAUACUGUGUGACUAAAGUGGAACUUUGAAAUGCUAGAGUAAAGUGUACUAUUUUUCUCUUCUGUCUGUAGGUCAUGCUUUGACAAACUGCAGACAAGCGAUUACUUCUUCUGGUUGGUGCUGGACUAUCUUUCAGACGGUGUGUACAUCUUGGACACCUGUGUCUGACUCUGCACAGGUACAUCACCAUUAUAUACACCCUUAAACCAGAUCCUAGCUAGAGACAAACACAGGGUUUCUGGAGCAGGGUCUGCUGGUGAAGGCCUCUCCAAGCUGAGAGACCGCUACAUCCGCAUGUUUCAGUUCAAGCUGGAUGUGGUGUCCAUCCUACCUACUGAUCUGGCCUACAUAAUCACAGGAAUCCACAGCUCAGAUUCAACCGCCUGCUGCACUUCCCACGCAUGUUUGAGUUCUUCGACCGCACUGAGACAUGCACCAACUACCCCAACAUCUUCCACAUCUGCAACUUGGUGCUCUACAUCCUGGUUAUCAUCCACUGGAACGCCUGCAUCUACUUUGCUAUUUCCAAAUCCCUGGGUUUUGGCUCUGAUACCUGUGUGUACCCCAACAUCUCCAACCCUGAGUGUUGUGGG